AUGAACGGCACGGAGGGACCGGACUUCUACGUGCCCAUGUCCAACCUGACCGGACUGGUGCGCAGCCCGUACGAGCACCCGCAGUACUACCUGGCCGAGCCCUGGGCCUUCGCCUGCAUGGCGGCGUACAUGUUCUUCCUCAUCGUCACCGGCUUCCCCAUCAACUUCCUCACGCUCUACGUCACCGUGCAGCACAAGAAGCUGCGCACGCCGCUCAACUACAUCCUGCUCAACCUGGCCGUGGCCGACCUCUUCAUGGUGGUGGGCGGCUUCACCACCACGCUGUACACGUCGCUGCACGGCUACUUCGUCUUCGGCCGCCUCGGCUGCAACCUCGAGGGCUUCUUCGCCACGCACGGCGGCGAGAUCGCCCUCUGGUCGCUGGUGGUGCUCGCCGUCGAGCGCUGGGUGGUCGUCUGCAAGCCCGUCGCCAACUUCCGCUUCGGCGAGAGCCACGCCGUGGCGGGCGUGGCCUUCACCUGGCUGAUGGCGGGCACCUGCUCCGUGCCGCCGCUGGCCGGCUGGUCGCGCUACAUCCCCGAGGGCCUGCAGUGCUCCUGCGGCAUCGACUACUACACGCUCAAGCCGCAGAUCAACAACGAGUCCUUCGUGGUCUACAUGUUCGUGGUGCACUUCAGCGUCCCGCUGCUCGUCAUCGGCUUCUGCUACGGGCGGCUGGUGUGCGCGGUCAAGGCGGCCGCCGCGCUGCAGCAGGAGUCGGAGACCACGCAGCGGGCCGAGCGCGAGGUCACGCGCAUGGUCGUCCUGAUGGUCGUCUCCUUCCUGGUGUGCUGGGUGCCCUACGCCAGCGUGGCCUGGUACAUCUUCACGCACCAGGGCACCUACUUCGGGCCCGUCUUCAUGACCGUGCCCGCCUUCUUCGCCAAGAGCUCGGCCCUCUACAACCCGCUCAUCUACGUGUGCAUGAACAAGCAGUUCCGCCACUGCAUGGUCACCACGCUGUUCUGCGGCAAGAACCCCUUCGAGGAGGAGGAGGGCGCCUCGGCCACCCAAAUUGGUCACAUCUCAUCUCUAAGCCCUGUGAACCGGAAGUGAAAAGUUGAAUAAAAGCAGGAUGCGUGAGCGAGCGUGUCCCCACUGUUCGAGAUGAUGUGGGAGGGGAGGGGCUGAGGACAGAUGGAUGGCAAGACACAUUUUUUUUCCUCGCUGCGCUGCAUUGCAUUCUGGGUGAAUGGUUUUGUCU